AGACGUAGUCUCAUGCUAAAAGUAAUUACUGUACUACUUUUUCUUCUUCUGUUCAUUAAUUAUUGUCCUUGUAUUAUUUCUUUCUAUCUCAUUUGAUAGUAGUCUCCUUUCCAGUUUCUUCUUCGUCAACUCCAGCUCUUACAAUCACCUUUUCUUUCAAUUCUCUUCUGUCAAUACAUAUUCUUCUGAUACAUCCAAUUCCUUAGCCUUUUUUCCCACUUUUGCCAUUUUACUUGUGUUCACAUUGGAGCAUUUUAAACGGGUGUGGACAAGGUAUAGCAAGUUUUUGGUUUCAUGUGAUAAGAUGGAGCUUGCUCUCUGAGAUUAUUGUACCAGUUGGGAUUGUGCUGCAUGGGAAGCUUGUUGGACCUCAUUGAUUUUGAUCAAGGAGGGAUGGCUAGGAAGUUUCUUUCACACAAAAGGCAUGGCGGCUUAGAUACUCCUAGAAAUAGCUUGGAUCUUCCAGUUGAAGCUUCUCAAAGGUUCUGUGCUGAAGGGGAAAAAAAACAGUGCACUUAUCACAUGAUUGACUGGCCAGAGAAGAACUUUUAUGGGGACGAGGCUCCAAUGAAGAAACUGAUCAGCGAAGAAAUAACUAGAAGACCAAACACAGGACAUAAUGCACCUAGUGUGGUGGCUCGUUUAAUGGGAGUGGAUACAUUACCAUUAGAUACAAGAAGACCAUUAGCAAGGCUGGUUGAGAAAAAGAAUGAAAUGAAAGAUGGGAACAAUCCCAAAGAGGAAUGGUUGAGGAAGGUUUCCAUCGAUCAUGCAACCCAAUCCUCCAGACAGAAAAUUUCAGUUCCCUUUAACCAUGAUGAAGCGUGUGAUUCCGACCGACAGAGUGAUAGCCGAAAACCGAACAAAUAUAAACCUCGAGAACACCCUCAGGAGAAGGAACUACAAAAGUUCAAAAAAGAUUUUGAAGCAUGGCAAGCAGCAAGGUUCAAGGAAUGUUCAAAGUUUGUCGAACAUGGCACCAGUCCAAGUCAAUGGCUAGCACAACAAAGCCUGAACAAGGAAAAGUUGACUCUUUAUGCAAAUUCAAUGAGAACUGCAGCUACGGAGAACCCUACAGAGCUUAAAGGGCAUACAGUAACAGUGGAUCCCCGGGAAAGAGGCCUUUUGGAGCAUCAGAAAAAUAUAACUGAAUUUCCUGCACCUGCACAAAACAAGACUAACUGUGUAAGGAAAGUUAUAAAACCCGAUUUGCAGCAGCAGCAUCCUACAAAGAUAGUAAUUCUGAGGCCUGGUACUGAAAGGAUGGGGACUAACGAGAAUUCAUGGACCAGUUCUCCAGGCAUUUCUGAAGACAGAGGUAGUAUAGAAGAAUUUCUUGAGGAGGUCAAGGAAAGACUGAACUGUGAAUUGCAAGGAAAGAGUUCCAAAAGGAGCAUUACUGUCAGAGGUGGAGGAAUUGAGACCCCUUAUAGUGAAAGGUCACCAGAUGCGAAGCAAAUAGCUCAAUCUAUUGCAAAACAUGCAAGGGAGAGUGUUACUAGGGACUUCGGAAUAACAUUACCUCGAUCAGAAUCCACCAGGUCUUAUAGAAGUGAUAUUCAAUCUGAUGGGGCGAGUUCUCCUGAGUUUGUCAAUAGAGAUACAAGGAGAUUUUUGACAGAAAGGUUGAGGAAUGUCCUCAAGCAAGAAACAUCUCAUGGUAUUCACAGGCUUGCUCGUGGAAGCUCUCAAUCAACGGAACUGAAUAAAGAAAAGUGCAGUUUUGAAGAAAUGAGGCAUACUUCUAAUACGGGAGAUAAAGCAACCAAUUUGGACAAUAUGAAAGAUGAAUUAGACAUGCACAGCAGAUCUUUUAGACGGGAUCAUGGCAAUGACAUGCUUGACCAGGAACUAUCUCCUAGGAGCCUAAUUAGAUCUGUGUCAGCUCCUGUGUCCAGGACAUCAUUUGGAAAGCUUCUCCUAGAGGAUCGACAUAUGCUGACAGGGGCCCAUAUUAGAAGACAACACGAAGCUAUUGAAAAGGCCACAAUGAAUGUUAAAAAACGGCAAAAAGAGAAAUUCAACCUCAGGCGAAAAGUUACCAACUUUAGUUAUAGUUUCAUACUUAAGGGAAGGCUCUUUGGUAGAAAAGUUCAUUCUUGGGAGGAACCACAUGGACAAACAUACAAUCUCAUGAAAGAUUUUCCCAGCCCACCAACUGGUACACCGAGUUUUUAUGAAAGACAAGAAAAUCCCACUGAAGUUCCACCGAGUCCUGCAUCGGUAUGUAGUAGUGUCAACGAAGAAUAUUGGAGGCAAACAGACUACUUCACCCCAUCAUCAACCUCUGAUGUACCUCCACUGGAUGAUAGGGAGAUGCCCCGUGUUUUCAGAGAGAUCAGCUCUAAUCUGAAUGAGUUAAGGAGGAAACUGAAUCAACUAGAUACUUAUGACUCUGAGGAGACCAUGAUCGAUGAGCAGCCAGUUGAAGAGGAGAUGUUGGAGAUUGAAGACCAAGCCGAGGCAUACAUUAGAGACCUGCUUGUUGCUUCAGGUCUAUAUGAUGGUUCACGUGAUAAAUAUAUAUCAAGAUGGGAUCCACUUGGAAAGCCUAUAAGCAACCAAGUUUUUGAAGACGUAGAAGAGUCCAAUUACAAGCAACUGACAAAGGAUGAAGAAGGGUAUAUUAAGGAUCAAUUAGAUAAGAUAAAUCACAAGUUAUUGUGUGACCUGCUGAACGAAGCACUUCCAAGUGUACUUGGAGUAUCUUCCACGAUGUCUAAGUUCAUGAAAAGUGCUGUCGGCCCAGUGCCACGACCUCUUCAGGGAAAGAAGUUAUUGGAACGCGUAUGGGAAAUUGUUGGUGUUUUUGUUCACCCUCCAUGGGAUAGAACAUCUCAAUCCCUUGACAAUAUAGUGGCCAGGGACUUGAGUUCCACCCCUUGGUCCGGAUUGAUCGACGAAGAUAUUAAUGCUCUAGGUAAAGACAUGGAAUGCCAGAUUAUUGGUGACCUUAUUCAAGAAAUGGUCAAUGAUAUGUUGUCAUAAUUUUUUUUUUUUUUCUCUUCUUCGUUUUUAUUCUUUAUUUUGACCACUGUAAUGAAGAAGUUUUCGAACUUCUGAGUGGCCGGGGCAUAAGACAUGCAAAAUGUUUAUCUGCCCAAAGUAGAGUGUGUUUGAUUUACAGAAAUUGUAAUGUGCAGGCUUUCUAGUGUUGGAUACAUUUGUUCAUAAUGUGGUUUGAUCUGUUGA